AUGCAGCUGUCACUUGCCGUUCUGGUCGUCUGCCAGGCUGCUGUGACGACAGCAUCGAGCCUUACACCGCCAGUGCUGCCGCUAAUUGUGCGCAACCCUUACCUUAGUACUUGGCUGGGAAAUGCGCGUGAAGCACCUUGGGCCAAAUGGCCUAUGUUCUAUACUGGACAGGAAGUUGGGCUCUCUUUGCUGGCCCAUGUUCCGAGUCAGGGCUCGGUUUAUCCCCUGGUGGGCAAGCCCCAGGAUUCCUUGGGUACAAAUGCAGGGUACAAAGUACAAUAUCCGGAGUAUUUAGGAAACAACUAUGAUGCCUCCACCACCAACUUUACCUAUCGCAUCGACACCAAAACUUCCACACCUCUCGAAAUCACGGUCUCGUUCCUAUCUCCCAUCACGCCGACAUCGACUUUGCGACAGUCAAUUCCGGCUUCCUACGUCACAAUAGAUGUACAGGGUGAAGUAGAGGUUAAUGUCUAUAUGGACAUUGAUGGGCGAUGGGUGAGUGGAGACAAUGGGUCCAAACUUAGCUGGCAAUGGGACACCGUGGGUAUCGAAAGCAAGGAGAAGCCAGGCCUGCAGCGAUGGCAAAUCCGGAGAGAGAACGAACUUCUCCUAUCGGAGAUUCGUGAUCGGGCAGAAUGGGGCACACUUCACUUCACCGGGCCUACUAAUACAAAAUAUGAGUCCGGAGAGGCAGGAAAGGUGAGGCAGGGAUUUGCCAGCACCGGAAUACUAGGCAAUGUGAACGAUAAGGACUUCCGUGUCAUUCAGGAUCGCUCGCCUGUUUUUGCCUUUUCCAAAUCCUUCAAUCUCAGUCGGUCAUCUAAGAAGACAUCUGAUAGCGUCACGUUUACUAUUGCUCUUAUUCAAAAUCCCGUUGUGCAAUAUGCCUCGGCUCGCGGGCUCACUCUGAUGCGGCCUCUUUGGGAAUCUUGGUAUCCUACUACGGAGGAGCUACUCACGUUCCACUACAAUGAUCACGCCACAGCCGCCUCUCUAGCAGCCAAUUACUCCGAGCAGGUGGCCGAAGAUGCAUAUCUUUCUGGUGCCGAUGACUAUGUUGAUAUUGUCGCCCUCAGUGCGCGGCAAGUCAUGGGCGCUACAACCUUCUCCGGAACCCCAGAGAAUCCUCUUUUAUUCCUAAAGGAGAUCUCAUCCAAUGGAAACUUCCAAACAAUUGAUGUUAUAUUCCCGGCUUUCCCAUUUUUCUUGUACACCAACCCGCGCUGGUUGGCGUAUCUUCUUGAGCCAUUGAUUGAGCAUAUGUUGAGUGGGCAAUACCCUAAUACCUAUGCUAUGCAUGAUUUAGGUACCCAUUUCCCUAAUGCUACUGGCCAUCCCGAUGGCAAGGAUGAGUAUAUGCCUGUGGAAGAGUGUGGUAACAUUUUGAUCAUGGGUCUGGCAAUUGCAAACUCACUCCAGUAUGAAGAAUCUUCUGAAGCUGCUUCCAUCUGGUCCACGCAAGGCUCCACACCUUCAGCAUAUUCUAGCGAGGACGCCAGCACCUUCCCUCUUAGCGAACUACAGGUGCUUUCUGGCAUCGCACACCAGGACGGUAAAUGGGGCGGUGGCAUUGAGGGCAAGAAACUUGCUGAGAAAUGGGUCAAGCGAAGUUACCGUCUUUGGAAACAAUGGACCGGUUACUUGGUGGAAUUCUCUCUGGAACCUGCCAACCAACUUUCGACUGAUGAUUUUGCGGGUUGGCUGGCACUGCAGACAAAUUUGGCAUUGAAGGGUAUUGUUGGCAUCAACGCCAUGAGCAAACUUUCCGAGUUGACUGGAAAUAAGGAUGAUGCCUCAUAUUUCAAGGACAUCGCCAAAAAAUACAUUACCAAAUGGGAGAAACUUGGCAUGUCUCGUGAUGGCUCGCAUGCCAAGCUCGCUUAUGACUGGUAUGGUUCUUGGACCACGAUCUAUAACCUGUACGCAGAUGCCCAGCUCUGCUUCCAUCUAGAUGGAACAAAUGCCACCAGCGAGUCCCUUGGCUUCGUCCCUCGUCACAUCUACCAAAAGCAGUCAGUGUGGUACCACUACGUGCGCCAGAAAUACGGACUACCCCUUGACAGUCGACACCUGUACACCAAAACUGACUGGGAGUUCUUCUCAAUGGCGGUGGCCUCCAAGCCCGUCCGCUCGGAAAUUCUUGAAUCUGUUGCGCGCUGGGUCAAUGAGACUGUUACUGAUCGGCCCUUCACUGACCUUCACCAGACAGAGGGUGAUGGCAACUUCCCUGGGCCGAAUUUCUUUGCCAGACCAGUUAUCGGUGGUCAUUUUGCUUUCUUGGCACUGGAGCGCGCGUGCGGAGGGCGUGCUAUGCCUGGUCUGUCCUUCUUGGAUGAUGUGGAUCAAGAGACUAUGCAGGCAUGGACCGAGAGUGCCGAGGCCGCGGCGGCAGAGCUUGCCGGGCCUUGGAAGAACCACCACGGACAAGAUGGAGAGUUGUAG